CUUCAACUGAAAUUGACUGUCGACUCGCCGAAACGAAUGGUUCAUAAAGUCGGUACAUAUACCCAUAGAAUGCCGAGUUACGUCACGCGAAUUUGAGAGGUUUCGAUCGAAGAGGAAGGGCUCUAGAGAUCUCGAUCGAUCGCAACGUCGAUUCCGAUGAUCGCAGACGAUAUAGGUUUCAUGUCGCGCGACAGCUAGAAGUGGAAUUUAGGGUUCCGAUUGGAUGGAAAUGGAGGGAGGAAGCACAUCAGGAUCCGUCGGAGAAGGCGCUCAGGUGACUCGUCAAUUCUCGCCAGCGCGAUCGAGAGCAUUUUACAGAUUCACCCAGCAAAAUCUUCCAGCUUGCAAACCUGUUCUAACUCCAGGAUGUGUGAUAACAAUAUUUUUGUUGAUGGGUAUUGUUUUGACCCCAGUUGGACUUGUAUGUCUUCGCGCUUCGGAAAGUGUUGUGGAAAUUGUGAAUCGCUAUGACAUUGAAUGUAUACCCGUGCCUUAUAGAAGUAAUAAAGUGGCCUAUAUCAGGGACAGCUCUAUUUCGAAGAACUGUACUCUAAAAAUUAAGGUUGAGAACCGUAUGAAAGCACCGAUAUAUAUAUAUUAUGAACUUGACAAUUACUACCAAAACCAUCGAAGGUAUGUAAAAAGUAGAAGUGAUAAACAGCUGCGCCAUGGACUGGAGUACAAAGACACUAGUUCUUGCAAACCUGAGGAGAAGAGCAACGGCCUUCCUAUCGUUCCUUGUGGGUUGAUCGCAUGGAGCUUAUUCAAUGAUUCUUAUAGUUUUAUACAUGACACAGUGGAAAUGAAGGUAAAUAGAAAGAACAUUUCUUGGAAGAGUGAUCGGGAGCACAAGUUUGGAAAGAAUGUGUACCCUUUCAACUUCCAGAAUGGAACACUAAUUGGAGGAGGAAAACUCAACCCGAAAGUUCCGUUGAGUGAACAGGAGGACCUCAUUGUGUGGAUGCGCGCCGCUGCUCUUCCCAAAUUCCGGAAGUUGUAUGGUGUUAUUGAAGAGAACCUGGAAGCUAAUGAGGUGAUAGAAGUACGAGUUGCUAACAACUACAAUACUUACAGCUUCGGGGGAAAGAAAAAGCUUGUCCUCACGACAUCAAACUGGUUGGGAGGCAAAAACAAUUUCCUCGGGAUAGCUUAUAUGGCCACUGGUUCCUUGUGCAUUGUCAUCUCUAUUUUGUUUGCAUUGAUUCACGUAAAGAAUCCAAGGCCCCAUGGCGAUCCAACUUACUUAUCUUGGAACAGGAAAAGCAACGCUAGCUAAAUUGCGGAAUUCCGAGGGCUCCUGCACAUUGCUGUUCUGAAACAGGGCCAUGCUGGGGCUAUUCUCGGAAAUUAGAACGGCAGACUCAGACCACGUAAUACCUGCCUGGCUUUGACUGCACUCAUUAUCUCAUCCUGUACAACCAGAAUUAACAAAAGGAAACCUAAAACACUUAUUACUCGAUCAUCAGAGGGCCUUUUGCAUUAAAAUUUGUAGUGUUGUAGCCUUGUAGGUUGUAUUGUUAUCUUAUAAAGUUCAUCUGUGAGUUGUGCUGAUAGGAAAGGCAAUAUAUCAAAUGCUCUUCAACCGCUCAAAUUAGAAGCAUAAAAUUGGAGUUUUUGAUUCUACAAGCAAUGAAGCGUUAGAAUUUUUAUUUU